UGGCAAGCCCCCGGAGGGAGCCGCGGUAGUACGACGGAAGAUGGCGACCAGCGGCGGUGAAGAAGCGGCGGCAGCGGCGCCGGCACCCGGCGCCCCGGUAACGGGGACGGAUACGACCCCGGGCUGGGAGGUGGCGGUGCGGCCCCUGCUGUCCGCGUCCUACUCAGCCUUCGAGAUGAAGGAGUUGCCGCAGCUGGUGGCCUCAGUCAUCGAGAGUGAGUCGGAGAUCCUGCACCACGAGAAGCAGCAUGAACCAUUCUACUCAUCCUUUGUGGCACUUUCCACGCACUAUAUUACCACUGUUUGCAGCCUCAUUCCCCGGAACCAACUUCAGUCGGUGGCAGCAGCCUGUAAAGUUCUAAUUGAGUUUUCUCUCCUGCGUCUGGAGAAUCCAGAUGAGGCUUGUGCUGUGUCCCAGAAACACUUAAUUCUCCUAAUCAAAGGCCUGUGCACUGGCUGUAGCCGACUAGACAGAACUGAAAUUAUCACCUUCACAGCAAUGAUGAAAUCUGCCAAACUUCCACAAACAGUGAAGACACUGUCAGAUGUGGAAGAUCAGAAAGAGCUGGCCUCACCAGUAAGCCCUGAACUGAGGCAGAAAGAGGUACAGAUGAAUUUUUUGAACCAGCUGACCUCAGUUUUUAACCCUAGAACUGUAGUAUCAUCACCCAUCAGUCCACAGGCUCUGGUGGAAGGAGAAAAUGAUGAGCAGUCAUCCACAGACCAGGUCUCUGCUAUCAAGACCAAGAAUGUGUUCAUAGCUCAGAAUGUGGCUAGUCUUCAAGAGCUCGGUGCUCAGAGAAGCUACUUCGUGUAUGUUUGAACCUUCCAUAUUUCCUGCGCUACAUUAACCGGUUCCAGGAUGCAGUGUUGGCCAAUUCCUUUUUCAUCAUGCCUGCAACGGUAGCAGAUGCCACUGCUGUUCGU